AUGGCAGGCCCUGGUAAAGUUAGAAGCGCAGCAUCAUCUAAAGUUGGUUUACCUACUCAGCAAGCUCCAGCUAGAGUUGCUGCCCCUAUUGAACAUGCACCAGCAAACUUAACUCCAUCUGCUCAAAGUGUACCAUCUACAAAUGCUCGACGUAUCCAGGCUGCACCAUCUACAAAGGCUGCACCAUCUACAAAUGAAGGUACUACCCAGGCUGCACCAUCUACACUUACUUUGCGUACCCGUUCUACACAGGGAAGGGGUCAGACUCGAGGGAAGAGCAUAGCGCAUCUCAUAGCUAAAAAUGGUGGCAAAAAACUUCCUGUUUGGGUCCCUGCAGAUGCCAAGGUACCAGUAGGGCCUUAUGCCACUCCAUUUGCAAAUGAAGUUGGGUUGCAAAUAAGGAUGGCUGCACCUAUAAUUGGCAUGAGUAAGUGGGAUAAGAUUGACAAGAUUCAUAAAGCCCCAAUCAUUCAGGCAGUUCGGGAUAAAUUUGAGAUUGUUGAUUAUGAUGAGGAUAAAGAGGUUCGGAAAGCAAUCGACAAGAAGUGUAAAACCCUUUACAAAAGUUGGCGUAACAAGAUGAAGACGCAUUACUCAAAGUUGGUAGAAGCUGGUGUUGACCCUUACACUAAGCCAUACAAAGGGGUUGACCAUGAGGCUUGGGUAUACAUGAUUAAUCAUGUAUGGCUUAAUAGCGAUCAUCAGGAAUUGGCUGAAAAAGGAAGGAAUAGUCGAUCGAAAUUACCAUAUAAUCAUACAAUGGGCUCUAAGUCAUUUCAAGCUGCAAUGUAUAAAGAGGGUACUGCGAAGGUUGACAUUGUAGACUUCUACAAAGAUUCCCAUUGGAGCAAGAGAAAGGCAGAUUGGAUAGCUCCAAUAGGUGGUGAAUUACAUGAAGCUUUGAAAAAACGACGUGAAGAGUCUUUGAAGCCUGGGGCAAUACCUUUAACUCAGGAGCAGCUGUCAAUUGAAGUUCUUGGAACAAGUAAAUCAGGAUACAUAAAGGGCUUCGGAGUUAGUCGAAACCCAUCCUCAUCCAAAUCUUCUGUUAGUACACAAGCACAUGUUGAUGUGGUUUCGAGCCUACAAGAACAAAUAGAGUCAUUGAAGAAUUUGGCUGAGGUCCAGCAAGAACAAAUUGCAGCCCAGAACUUGGUAACACAAGAGCAAGCUAGAAAGAUUGAAAUGCAAAACAAAAGGUUUGAAGAGAUUGAAAAGUUUAUGAGGAUGCACAAGGAUAAGGCAGACAUGCAGGUUGAUGAAGAUGAUUGUUCAUCAGAGGAAUUUUAUUGACAGCUUGCUCUAUUGGCAAUGGAUCGAAUAUAGUUCGGGGAGCAUCAAAGGAUUAUAUUUUGAAUUUUUGGAUAUAUUUUGUCAUA